AUGCCUUUCAGCAGGGUUCCUCACCUCGUCGGCCGGUCCAUCGCUAACGGGAGGCUCAUCCUCGUCGACCUACUCGGUUCUGGUAACUACGGGCAGGUGUACAAGGCACUGGACGUAGAGGCCACUAAUGAUUUUGUUUAUUUUGCUGUUAAAUGUAUCGAGACUGACAGCUUGAAAGGCCCUACAGCAGUCAACAGGGAAAUUGCUUCGCAUGCCGCCGUCUCGCGCCAUCCCAACGUCGUCACGUAUCGUGCUACAUGGGUCGAAGAGGAUUACAUCUUCAUGGUCAUGGAUUAUUGCCCAGGAGGCGAACUGCACAAGGCUAUCCGGGAACAGAAGGUAUUUUAUCGCAACGACUCACUGGUGAAGCAGGUCUUUCUCCAGAUCAUCGAUGCCGUUCAGCAUUGUCAUGACAAUCAAAUAUUCCAUCGCGACCUCAAGCCUGAGAACAUCCUCUGCUCGGAAGAUGGAGAACAGGUAUUUCUGGCUGACUUUGGUCUAGCAACAUGCGAAGACGACUAUAGCCGUCGUGGGGCAGGCACCAUGGCGUACAAGAGUCCUGAAUGCCUCGGCGAGGAUUUCAAAUCACCAACCUAUUCGACGAGGAGCAGUGAUGUCUGGGCUCUAGGUGUCGUAUUCCUCAAUAUGAUUGCUGGGCGAAGUCCUUGGCUCGCCGCUAAGAUUUCAGAUCCAUGCUUCAACUAUUUUCUCUGCAAUCCCGACUACUUUACCAAGAUCUUUCCAAUUACACCGUCCGUCAACCAGAUCCUGCUCCGCGUCUUCGACCUACGCUCUUCGAAACGCAUCACCCUUCCAGAACUCCGCGCCGAGAUCACUAACAUUGAUAGGUUCUUCCUCACGGACGCCGAACUGGUCAAUGCGCCUGCAAGGGUCAUGGAGCCGUCUUCGAAGGUCCUUCAAAGCUCGGCUACUCUCGCGCGUCAACAAGUCACAGUGCAGCCGCCGGUGAUGACUCGAACUCGUGCAACUGCUGGUGCGCUUCGCUUGGCCAUGUCUCCUCUUGCUCGAACACCCUCAUGA